AUGGAUCCGAACCCCGAGACACAACUGCUCACUGCACGAUCGUCUCGUGGCCGUGAAGUCGCCGCCUACCUUUCUUUCAUCGUCGACUUCUACCACGAGCUUCCUGCAUACUCAAUUUUCAUCCACGCCAAUCCAGAUCAAUGGCACAACGAUCUAUUCGGCUCGCAGACAAACAGCGUGUUACAAAAUCUGCGUCGCGAAGCUGUGGACGCGAUGGGCUAUGUGAACCUGCGUUGUACAAAUAACCCAGGCUGUCCGACCCACGUCAAUCCGCACAACCCCACGCAAUCAGACAUUGAAAACAAUGAAGCCCGUGCAAGUUUUCCGAGGAUAUAUAAAGAUCUAUUCGGGGAUCAUGCAACUGUACCGGACCACAUCGGGGGGAUUUGCUGUGCCCAGUUUGCGGUCAGCCGGGCACGCAUCCGGCAACGAACAAAGAAGGAUUACAUCCGUAUGUUGGAUUGGGUGAAUAAUAAAAGUUUGCCAUUUGUGGAUAGCUACGGUGUUGGCUGGGUAUUUGAAACUCUGUGGCAUGUGGUGUUUGGCAUGGAAGGGAUCCAGUGA